AUGCCCUUAGCAUCUUGUGCAACAUUGAGUUGUGUGUCACUGUGCGCUUGCACUUGCUAUCUAUGCACGGCACGAACUUCAGGCACUUCAGGGCAUGCAGCAUGUGGCAGCGACGAUGCUGACCGAGCUGGGACGGCUAAGGCUUCGGCUUACGGCUGCAUCGGAGUGCCGUUACCAAGACUCCAAAACGCAAAGUCCACGGACGGCAGAGAAGAAGGCGAAACGGAGAAUCCGUGCAGCAAUAACGAGGCGCAAGUCGGCUCCAGCGUCAUCGUCCUGAGGAGGCGUGCCAAGUCGGACCUGGAUCGGUUCGACGAGUGCGACGAGCAGGAGAAGCCGGAGAAGCCCAAGAAGGCGCGGAAGAAGGUUGUCAAGAAGUAA